AUGGCAACCGCCGCCACCACCACCUCAUCCUCAGAUGACCAGAUCCUCACGGACGCGCUCCGCGAUCUCAUCUCGGCGAACCACAUCCUUCACCACCACGGCGUGGUCGACGCGUACGGGCACGUCUCCAUCCGCCACCCGCUCGACCCGACCAAGUAUAUCAUGUGCGGAUAUAUGGCUCCCGCGAUGGUUUCCUCCCCAGCCGACCUGAUCCACUACAACGUGUCGGAUUCGUCGCCCGUAGACCCUCACGCCCGGAAAGGCUACUCGGAGAGGUUCAUCCACGGGGAAAUCUUCAAGCGGUUCAGCAGCAGCAGCGUGAACUGUGUGAUCCACUCGCACGCCGAGGAGGUGCUGCCCUACGUGGUGAGCAUGGGCGUCAAGCUCAAGGCCGUGUACCAUAUGAGUGGUUUCCUAGGCAGUAGGGGGGUCAAGGUCUUCGACAUCGCCCCGCUGUAUCGGCAGGGCGAGCAGCAGGACAUGCUGGUGAAUAAUGCGCGCUUUGGGGCCGCGUUGGCGGAGAAGUUCGUCGCCGAGGGUUCAGGCACAGAGGCUGACGCGCCGGAGGAGACGGUCGUGUUGAUGAGACGCCAUGGGUUCACGGUCGUCGGGAGAGAUCUCGUCACCGCCGUGUAUCGUGCGAUAUAUACGCGGAUUAAUGCCGAGGCGCAGACCAAGGCCAUGAGUAUUGCGCGGAGCGGGAUGGUUGACAAUGAGGAAGCGCAGCAGCGGGAGGGAAUGGAGAUGGGGUUCCAGGCCCUCACGGCGGAGCAGGUCGUCGGGUGUUCGGUCAUGAAUGAGGCGUUUCAUGAUAAACCUUGGCGGUUGUGGGUGAGGGAGGUGGAGAGGUUGCCGUUGUAUGAGAACCGGUUGAGUGAGAGCAACCCGCCUGGACUAAAAUCGGAAGUUGAUAUGUAA